AUGUUACGUUUAUCUAGUGGAUCAACAAAAAACAACAAGGAACUGGAAAAGAGACAUUCCCCAAUGUUAGAGAAGAAACCUAAGAACUCACUCAAUAAAAGCUUUCAAAUAAAAAAUAGAUCUCUUGAUAUUUUAACCCAUGAAAGGAAGCAACACCCACAAGUCCGACAAGUGAGAGGGUCAGCAACAGAAAACAAAUUAAAAAGAUGUAGUGUCUCCUUAGAUGCUAACAUGGUGCGUGAUUAUAAACUUGCCUUAGAACAUCUAGACUCCUCAAGAAAACCAUAUCUAAGGUCUCCCGCCAAGAGUGCCUCCGAUUCAAGUAUUUCCUCGAAUUCAAGCUCAAUAUCUUCCCUUUUUGAAAAUGAUAUCACUAUUAGAGAUGUCCUAUACGAGGAUUUUUUGAACUCGUGCGAACAAGAGGACAUAAUCAUCAAUUCGGAUAAAAGAAUACCUGGUCCUGGAAGGGAAAGUAUGUCCAUAAUAUCAAUUAAGAAGGAAGAUAGUAAGAUUAAGGAGUCGGAAGGGAUUUAUGAACCGAGCAUUUACGAAACAUUUAAUGAUGAUACAAGAAUACACGCAAGAACCGAGUUAAUAUUUUACUAG